GCAAACGGCGCUUACAGUGCUCGAGCACGCCAGAGAGCUCAGAGCUAAGACACUUUUUGGCAUGCUGGAGGCGCUCAGUUCGCGACAAACACUCGGACGAUGCGCAACGCUGCCGAAAAUGCAAUUUUGGAAGCUUUAAUUGAUCGCAAACACAAACAUAUUUACAUAGAAAAUUCAUAGUGCAGUGAUAAAAUUGUUUUGUUGAAAGAAAAUAUUAAAUUAUUAAUAAAAAAAAUACAGUAGAAAAUAAUAAAAGCUACGAGUAAAUAAGCUUUAAAAGUGAAAAAAUAAUAUUUAAAUAAAAAUUAGAAAUAGUUUUGCUAUUUAAGUGACUAAAAAGUGUUAAGCCAUAAUUGGAAUCAAAACCAAAACAAAAAAUUAAAAAUAAAUUGCAAAAUUUUAAAUUUACCCGAAUAACCUCAAGUAAAUCUACAAUGACACCAGCCAUUACAACCACAAACUACCUUAUCAUAUUUGUGGUUUUCUUUGCGGUGGCAAGUUCAGCUUUGACGAGCUUGGAUAAUACUGUAGAACCCGCUGAGUUAACACGUGACGAUUUGGCAAAAAGAUUUCUGGAAAAUGACACCGUUUUGCUAGCUUGUGAUAAUCAUUUUUCGUUCCAGUAUGUGCGUUGGUAUAAAGAGGACCAAUUAAUCGUCGAUUCACGCGACAGCAAUGAGACAUUUACACCCGAUCGCAUACGCCUUUGGUCUAACGGUAGUUUACAAAUUUCGCAGCUACAACCGAUGGAUACCGGUGAUUACAGUUGCGCAUUGAAAACCGAUAAUGACACAGAAGUGCAGAAAAUUCAUAGCAUAAUAGUACAAUAUCCGCCGACAGUAAAAACGGAACCGGAAGGUAUUAUCGAAUUGCCCAUCGGCGCGGUUUUUCAGGUGAUCUGUGAAGCUAGAGGUGUGCCACAGCCUAAAUUGUAUUGGCGUUGGAAUGGCAAAUUGGUGGAUAAUCAGUUGAUCGGCAAUCGCUUGAGUAUGCAAAUCGAAGUGGGUUCGCGUGCACAAACUGGACCGAUCGAGUGUGUGGCCAACAAUAGUAUAGGCGAACUGGCAGUGGCGGGCAUGUUUUUGAAAGUGCAAUUUCCACCAGAAGUGCGGUUGGAAAGAAAUAUAAUCUACACUAAAGUCGGCAUACGCAGUGAAUUGGAGUGCUUGAUCGAAGCGGUGCCACGUGCAAGUGUUAACUGGUUUCAUCAUGGUGUGCCGAUGACCUACGAUUCGAGAAUAAGUCGCUAUGAGAUCGAAAUGCAACCGAACGUUUCAAACCUACAAUACAACACUGUCAUUAAGCAUACAUUAGCUAUAAGAAAUGUGCGCGACUCAGAUCUUGGACUGUAUGAGUGUCGGGCCGAGAAUAAAUUGGGUUUCAAAAGUGCGGCAAUUGAUUUGACUGGUCGUCCUAUGCCUUGUGUGUUUAAAAUUAAUCCAGGCGUGCAGAGUUCAACGUCACAUGUGUUGGUAUGGCAGACGGAAAGCUUGUCGGCGUUAAUGGAAUUCAAGUUAAAAUUUAGACAGAUACCAUCAGCAAGCAUUACACCACAAACUUUGGACACUGAUUUCAAAACCGACUGGACAAUUUUGACCAUACCAUCAGAACUGUCUGCUGGACCCAUUCACAUAACAACAUAUACCCUACAUGGUCUACAACCGGCAAGUGUCUAUGAGGUAGUGGUAUUCGCCCGCAAUCACUUUGGGUGGAGUGAGAGUAGUAAAAUUGUGAGAUUUGCAACAGGUGGCGAAGUUGAAUUACCAAAUUACUCUACCGAAUCGGAGCUGGAUAGCAACGAGGAGCAGUCGUCUUUAGAAAGUGUGGAGCUGCCGGAAGAGAACGCAGUGCAUUUGAAUGAAAUUUAUGAAAGCAGAAUUAUUACAUCAGCAGCGACAAACGUCUGGCGUUAUAUGAAUUUGACGGGUUUUUUGGUAUUUGCUUAUUUAAACAUGUAUUGAUAUGAUAUUUUGUAAUAGUAAAUAAAAAAAAUAGUAAGAUUUCAA